CCUCCACAACAUCUACCACACACACCCCCCCUCCAUCCUACCACACAUCGUACACCCACCUACACCACCCACCACCACCACCACCACCACUACAACCAGAACAACCCUCCCCCCCUCCCCCACACCCCCAGUCCACUUCCCAACCCCCGUCACUUCCGCUCCCGGGUCCACUCCAGAGAAAAAAAGCCACUCCGAUGUCGCAUCAACCAGUCGGCGGGUAUAAGGAGGAGCCGGCUGCUGAGCCCGCAACCCAUCCUGGCCAUCCCCAGCACCACCAUCAACAACAACACCAGCAGCAGCAGCAGCACCACCAACCACAAUCCUCCGCAAACUCCCCCCACCCUCAGCAACAGCACCACCACCAGCAACAGCAGUCCCACCAGCAGCAUCAAUCGUCUGCAGCUCAGCAUCCACAGCAGCAGCACCCACACUCACGGCCACCUUUGCCACAGCAUCAGGGACAACACCCCCCUUCCUCCGCCUACUCGUCGCCACAUCCGCCUCAUCAGUCUCCCUUCGCGCCUUCAUCUUCUUCUCUUCCCGGCUCCCAGCAUCAUCCCCAACAGCAGCAGCAACAGGAGAUCCCUUACUUCGCCGCUGCGCCUUACGGAACUCCAAGCAGUACUGCUUCGUCAUAUCCGUCUCAAGCAGUCGCAGAAGGCGCAGAUCUCAUGGCAGCUCACACGAUGAAUCGCCCAACGUAUCCCCCGAUAUACCACACUCCUCAGUCGAACUCGCCGGCUUCCGUCGCCUCGCCAACUGCACCUGAUCAUCGCUCGGUAUACUCGAACCAGCCAAUGCAGAACCCCCUCUACAGCUACCCGCAGACGUAUUCGCCGCAAAUCCCCACGGGCCCUCCUUCGUACCCGCCGCAGACGCAGCAUCAGCACAUGGCCAACCAGCCGCUGUUGAUGUCGCACACACCGAACCAGACGAUGACUCCGCCCCAGCAGCAGCAGACGCAGCACCACCAUGUUGCUCCCAACCCUACGUCUGCGCCGAAGAUGCCUCAGCAGCAUCAGCAAACUCCUAUUCACAAAUCAUCUCCAGGUACGGCACCUCCGUCGUCUUCUGGCAAUAAAGCCAGCUCAAUCAAUCCAAACGCAGCACCAGGUCCUAUCCCUGCCACCACUCCGCUGGUCGUUAGGCAAGAUCAGAACGGCGUGCAGUGGAUCAUGUUCGAGUACUCGCGGGACAGAGUCAAGAUGGAGUACACGAUUCGGUGUGACGUCGCGUCGGUAAACGUCGAUGCUCUUACGCCCGAGUUUAAAACCGAGAAUUGCGUGUAUCCGAGAGCCUGCUGCAGCAAAGACCAGUACCGCGGUAAUCGUUUGGUGUAUGAGACGGAGUGCAAUACGGUCGGGUGGGCGUUGGCGGAUCUCAACCCUUCGUUGCGUGGCAAGCGCGGGUUGAUUCAGCGUGCAGUAGACAGCUGGCGGAACUCGAACCAGGACCCGAGACUGCGAAGUCGACGGGUGCGGAGGAUGGCCAAGCUCAAUAACCGCAAAGCGAACGCCGCUGCGGCCGCCCAAGCCCACCUUAGUGCCGGAUCGCCGGGAGUUCAGCCUCUGUCGUCGUCGAGCGCCGGGUUGGGACUGAAAGGUCCCUCCAACCUGAUGCCCAACUCGGGGGCGCAACUGCAGCACCACCACCAUCAACCUGGAGCCGAUUCCACGACAUCCGCCAACGGGGACGACGACAUGGGUGCCUUGCUACAGCAACACCAUCACCACAACGGUCAGUCGUCGUACAACAACGUGCAGAACCAGCUGGCUGCCGAGAACGCGCGCACGGACGCGGGCCAUCUCUCGCCGGCGGUCGGUGAGGGCGGGUACGGAAACGGACAGACUCACCAUCACCACCAGGGACCCAGCAGCGGAAACGACAUUCGACCACGGAACGUCUUCCACUACCCUUCGUCGUACCCGUCGGAGAACGUACCCGGCUCGUCGAUUCCCCCCAGCAUGCACAGCGCGAUGGACACCAUGGGCCCGACCUCCAGUGCGCCGACCGCUGUCACCACUUCCACGCCCCCCGUGAGCAAUACGUCUCUGUUUGGCGAUAUUCCGGACCACAAACGCCGUAAGUUUAUCCUUGUGGACGAUCCGCACCGGGGCUCACGCGUGCGCGUCCGCGUUAUGCUCGAUCAGGUCCAUAUGCAAGAGAUUCCAGACUCGUACCGCAAGUCCAACUCGGUCUACCCCCGGUCGUUCAUCUCGUCCCAGGAGGAUCUGGACAACAAUGGGACCGAAAUUCACACCCAAGUGGUCGUUCCUAUGCUGGACGGAAGUAACAUGACCAUCCCGACCCCGCCGCCCUCGAGUUCCAAGAGAAAGAAGGAGAACGACUUGAACGAGCUGGGCUAUCGUAUGUCGUGGAGUCAAUCGAGGGUGUUUGCGGGGAGGACGAUGUUUCUGCAGCGAGCCCGUGAGUUUGUCUUCCCCUCUCUUUGAGCAGAUGUGGGAAAAAAUAAGAAAAGUUUGAGCUAAAAUUUAUCCUUUCUUAGUGGAUGCGUACAGGAAUAAGAUGCGAAGCAGUAUGAUGGCGGCUGGUACCGAUGUUACGAAUUCAGCACCCCAUCUGGAGACCAGAGUUGGCAAACGGAAGUGGAUGGAGCGAACACGACGCUCUCGGGGCGCCGGCUCGUCGUGAGUUUUUCGGGUGAUCGAAGGAGGGCACUUCUCUCUGUGUCCACCAAAGAGGAAGUUCUCAUCUCUUUUUUUU